AUUAUGUUUUUAUAUCAUGGUUUCAUAGGUUGUGUUUGUUCACAUACCAAAAGACUGGGCCUUUAAAUUCAAAGCGCUUGUAAAUCCUUUACUUCGAUCACGUGAUCACUACCAAGACGAGAGAGAAUCCCCGCCAUGUUGGAUCGUACAGAAUUCUGUUUAAACCCAUCCCAUCAUAGUGCCUGAGCAUGGACCCCUCUCGUAAUUGGGCCCAGGAUGUGUUACGGUGUCAUCUCUGUGAGACCCCGGGCCCCCCUAUGUACUGUGACAUUUGUCACAUACAUCUGUGUAAAGCCUGUGUGGGGGAACAUCUCUCUGAUCUAUCCAAAGAACACAAAGUGCUGCCAUUUGAAAAGAGAGGAUCUACUCCUAAAUGUCCAAAACAUUCCAUAAAAUUGUGUGAACUUCAUUGUGAACAAUGUGACAUUCCUAUUUGUACACUCUGUGUUUCGUCUGGUGAACAUUUAGGACACAGACAAGUUGAUAUUUCUCUGAGAAGUAUAGAAACCAAGAAAAAACAUUUUAAAAAAGAUUUACAAGAAUUGGAAAAAAUCAUUUAUCCUAAAUACCUAGAGAUUGCAUCUAACAUCCUAAUUCAGAAAACAGAUAUGAAAAACAACUCCCAAAAAUUGACAUCAGCUAUCCACAAACAUGGAGAAGUCUGGCACAGAGAAAUAGACACCAUCAUAGAGAAACUGAAAUCUGAUCUUAAUGAAAUGGAUUCUAAACACCUGGUCCUCCUAAAUAUAAAGGAAAAUGAAAUCACACACACCAUUCCUGAAAUCACACAGACCAUUACUGAACUGAAGAAGUUACUGGACUCCAAUGAUGUCAGCCGUGUCUUUUCCUACAAAUCAAGGAAUGAUGAAUUCAGAAGAUUGCCUAAACUUACGGUGUCCUUAACAAGUUUUACCCCUCAGAAGAUCAACAAAGAACAGCUUUAUCAACAGUUUGGUUCUCUGUCAGCGUCAUCUAUCAAAACAGAAGAACACGGCUACACCAUGGAAUCUCCCAGUGCUGAGUCCUCUCCCCCGGACAGACCGCUCAUUGAUGUACCACGGAUCAUCACACAGAUAAACACUGAGCGUGGAGGAUUGCGUAGUGUGUCCUGUCUGAGUGAUGAGAUCUGGAUGCGUGGUAAUGACAACAUCAUGAGACUCUUCAACCUGAGGGGGAAACUAGUGAAGUCAGUCCAAACCAAGUCAGGGAACUGGCCAUGGGACAUAGCAGUGACAAGGAGUGGGGAUCUAGUUUAUACUGAUGACAUUGAUAGAACUGUGAACAUAGUGAAGAAUAAAAAGAUACAGACAGUGAUCAGACUACAGGGGUGGAAACCUCUCAGUGUCUGUAGUACCUCCUCUGGUGACCUCCUGGUUGUCAUGGUCAGUGAUGAUGAUAAACAAACAAAAGUUGUGUGUUACUCUGGCUCUACAAAGAAACAAAGUAUUCAGUACGACGACAAAGGACUACCUCUCUAUUCAUUUGGUGGAGAUAAAUACAUCAGUGAGAACAGGAACCUAGAUAUCUGUGUGUCAGACCAUGGAGCCCGUGCAGUAGUGGUGGUCAAUCAGGCUGGGAAACUCCGGUUUACCUACACUGGUCCUCCCUCUACUACCAAGGGAUCAUUUAGUCCACGUGGCAUCACAACAGACAGCCAGGGUCGGAUCCUGAUAGCAGACUAUAACAACGACGGUAUCCACAUCCUGGAUCAGGACGGACAGUUCCUUCGCUACAUUGACAACUGUCAAUUACACGGUCCAUGGGGUUUAUGUGUGGACACCAGAGACAACCUCUUUGUGGCUGAAUACAGAGGUAACGUGAAGAAAAUACAAUAUUACAUGUAAACAAAAUGUGUGUUACUAUGCAAGUAAAAUGUGUGUAAUAUGUACUUUAUGUAAACAGAAUAUGUUUAUGAACCACACAUAAACUGAUUUAUUUGUGUGACAGUGUGUGUGCCAUAUAAAACUUUAUGUAUUAUGUGUAUAUGUGUUUAUAAUAAUAAUGUUAACCAACUGUUUGCAUGUAUUACAUGUAAAUAACCCCAAAAAAGUGUAUGGUACUAUACAUGUAUGUAAACAAAUUGUAAGUAUAUGUAAAUAAAGUCUGUUGUGAAAGUUG